UUAAAACCCUACCUUUUCUUCUUUUUUCAAGACCCUACCUUUUCUCUUCUUUUGUAUAGAUUGAUUUCCAAAAAAUAGCUUGCAUUUUGCAGUUUCCUUAUUUUAAUCUGAAUGCCGGACGAUAUCACAUGCGCUUCAGAACCUCACGUGACAUCCAGCGAAUGUCUUCCCUCCGGUCUCCCCUCGGUGUCUGCUCCCUCAGUCUCCUUCCCUGUCUUUCUAUAAAUCUGCCGAUCUACAGCUCUUUUGUAGCUCCGUUCUGCUUUCCUGAGACUUUUGCGGUGUCAGAGCCCCUUUUCCGGCUCCGAUCUGCUCCAUUUUGAGCUUCAUUUGCUUUAAGCAAACAGUAGUCCACCAUGUCUGAUUUGGAGGCGCCGCUGCGCCCAAAAAGGAAGAAGAUCUGGGUAGAUUACUUUGUCAAUUUCCGUUGGAUCAUUGUCAUCUUUGUCGUCCUUCCUAUCUCUUUUACCAUCUACUUCCUUACCUAUCUCGGGGAUAAAAGAUCUGACUGGAAAUCAUUCGAGCGCCGUCAGAAGGAACAUGACGCGAAUGUUAAGAAAGUUGUGAAUCGCCUCAAGCAGAGAAACCCAUCGAAAGAUGGCCUUGUUUGCACAGCCAGGAAACCAUAUAUUGCUGUUGGCAUGCGAAAUGUUGAUUACAAACGUGCAAGGCAUUUUGAGGUUGACCUCUCAGAAUUCAGAAACAUUCUUCACAUUGACAAAGAAAGAAUGAUUGCUAAGGUGGAGCCCCUAGUUAACAUGGGUCAGAUUACAAGAGUUACGGUCCCCAUGAAUCUUGCUCUCGCUGUAGUUGCAGAGCUCGACGAUCUCACUGUUGGAGGUCUCAUCAAUGGCUAUGGAAUCGAAGGAAGCUCACACCUUUAUGGCCUUUUCUCUGACACAGUCGUUGCCUAUGAAAUUGUACUCGCAGAUGGGCGCGUGGUUAGAGCAACAAAGGAUAACGAGUACUCCGACCUCUUCUAUGCGAUUCCUUGGUCUCAGGGAACGCUAGGGCUUUUGGUUUCAGCUGAGAUCAAGCUCAUACCCGUUAAAGAAUACAUGAAGCUGACCUACAAACCUGUGAAGGGUAAUUUGAGGGACCUUGCACAGGCAUACAUUGACUCAUUUGCACCCAGAGAUAGGGAUCAGGAUAACCCAGCAAAGGUUCCAGAUUUUGUUGAGACAAUGAUCUAUACCCCUACUGAAGGUGUGUGCAUGACCGGAAGGUAUGCUUCACAGGAGGAGGCAAAGAAGAAGGGAAAUGUAAUUAACAGUGUCGGGUGGUGGUUCAAACCCUGGUUCUACCAGCAUGCUCAGAAGGCACUCAAGAAGGGUGAGUUUGUGGAAUACAUUCCUACCAGGGAAUAUUAUCACAGGCACACCAGGUGUUUGUACUGGGAGGGGAAGCUGAUCCUUCCGUUUGCAGACCAGUGCUGGUUCCGUUGGACUCUGGGGUGGUUGAUGCCCCCCAAGGUUUCCCUGCUCAAGGCCACUCAGGGCGAAGCUAUCAGGAACUACUACCAUGAGAUGCAUGUUAUCCAGGAUAUGUUGGUUCCUCUGUAUAAGGUUGGCGCUGCCUUAGAGUGGGCUCACCGUGAAAUGGAGGUAUAUCCCAUCUGGCUCUGCCCCCACAAGCUGUACAAGCUUCCGAUGAAAACCAUGGUAUAUCCGGAACAUGGCUUCGAGCUCGAAUGCAGGCAGGGAGACACUGGAUAUGCCCAGAUGUACACAGAUGUUGGCAUCUACUAUGCUCCAGGGCCCGUUCUGAGAGGUGAGGAGUUUGAUGGUGCUGAAGCUGUUCGCAGGAUGGAGAAUUGGUUGAUUGAGAACCACGGGUUCCAGCCACAGUACGCUGUCUCUGAGCUGAGCGAGAAGAACUUCUGGCGCAUGUUUGAUGCUACACUCUACGAGCAUUGCCGUAGGAAGUAUGGAGCCGUCGGAACUUUCAUGAGUGUUUACUACAAGUGCAAGAAGGGAAGGAAGACAGAGAAGGAGGUGCAGGAAGCUGAACAAGCGCACCUUGAGUCUGCUUAUGCUGAGAUCGAUCAGCCGGCCGAGUGACAUUGAUCAUUAGAUUUUUGAGUGUGAGAUUUGAAGAACUCGUUUCUGAGUUUUGUUGGUUGUUUUGUACUCUGACCUUUCUGGUUUCUGUUGAUUUUUCCCCCCUUGUUUUAAUUAAACUGACUUUGAAGUA